GCUAUGCUCUGUGCACACUCAGCCCUGAACCUGGAAUAGGAGAGGAUGCAAUGUGUGUGUGGCUGGAGCCUGGAGUAUCAUUGUCAUCACUGGAGCGCUCAUGUGUCUGACUGCAGCAACUAAGAGGAGCCAUCUAAUUGCAAGCUCACUGGGCUCUAUGUGGCUGGAGGGUCAGGGGCAUCCGGUGAGCGGAUUACCAUUUUCAGCCAGGACUCAGAAGUCCCCUUCGCAGCUGAGGUCAGGCUGGGAACCCCGCAUGGAUUGGGGAGCAGAUGUCUGGACAGGGAAGUGACUAGGAUCCUAUUGGAACUCUUCUCCUUAUUGCACUUUAUUUGGUGGGAUUGCUCAGGAUCUGCCCUGGAUUAUAGAGGAAGCAGAAGAUGUGGCUUAUUCUUCAUUCCUUUCUUUGGAUGCUCUCUGCGCUCAUCUGUCCGCUUCUAGGCUCUCGUCCCCGUUUGGAGGAUUUCCCACCAAGAAUAGUAGAACAUCCAUCUGAUCACAUAGUUUCUAAGGGGGAACCGGCAACACUGAACUGCAAAGCAGAAGGUCGUCCCACUCCCAUUAUCGAAUGGUACAAAGAUGGUGAACGGGUGGAGACGGACAAGGACGACCCUCGUUCUCACCGCAUGCUCCUGCCGAGUGGUUCCCUCUUCUUCCUCCGCAUUGUCCACGGACGAAGAAGUAAACCAGACGAGGGGGUUUAUAUCUGCGUGGCGCGAAACUACCUGGGAGAAUCUGUCAGCCGGAAUGCAUCUUUGGAAGUAGCAAUCUUACGGGAUGACUUUCGCCAGGCUCCCAGCGAUGUCGUGGUGGCAGCAGGAGAACCGGCAGUAAUGGAGUGCAUCCCUCCACGAGGGCACCCUGAGCCCACCAUAUCCUGGAAGAAAGAAAAUACCCGCAUUAGUGACAAAGAUGAACGAAUCACGAUCCGAGGAGGGAAACUGAUGAUCUCCAACACCAGAAAGACAGACGCCGGAAUGUAUGUGUGUGUAGCCACCAACAUGGUGGGGGAACGUGACAGCGAGCCGUCCCAGCUGGUGGUCUUCGAACGGCCCACGUUCGUCAGACGACCCAUAAACCAAGUGGUCUUGGCAGAUGACAUUGUGGAUUUUCACUGUGAGGUACAGGGUGACCCAGUGCCCACUGCCCGCUGGCGCAAGGAAGAGGGAGAACUGCCCCGCGGAAGGUACGAGAUCCGUAGUGACAACUCCCUCCGCAUCUCCCGGGUGACCUCAGACGAUGAAGGAACGUACACCUGUAUUGCAGAAAACAGUGUUGGCAAAUCAGAAGUGUCCGGCUCCCUCGGCGUUCACGUUGGUCCAUUCUUUCCGCCCCAGCUGGUGACCCGUCCACGAGACCAGAUUGUCGUCCAGGGCCGCACCGUGACCUUCCAGUGUGAGACCAAAGGGAACCCACCCCCUGCUGUGUUCUGGCAGAAAGAAGGGAGUCAGAUAUUGCUAUUCCCCAGCCAGCCGCCACAGACCGUGGGCCGAUUCUCAGUAUCACCCAGCGGUGAAUUAACCAUCAUUGAUGUCCAGACGGGGGACUCCGGAUACUACAUGUGUCAGGCCAUCAGCGUAGCUGGGAGCAUCCUUGCAAAAGCCCUCUUGGAAGUGGAAGAUGCUACAUCGGAUCGUGUUCCACCUAUAAUUCGCAGAGGACCGUCCAAUCAAACACUUGCGGUGGACUCUGCGGUGAAGAUGCAGUGUCACGUGACCGGCAACCCUCUGCCCAGCACCCACUGGCUAAAAGACGGGCAAAGGGUCGGCGGCAGCGACCCGAGGGUCGGUGUCCUGGACAAUGGAACUCUACUGAUAACCCACCUACAGGUGGCAGAUUCUGGAUUGUACACCUGUGUAGCAACAAGUUCAACAGGAGAGACGACAUGGGCUGGAUUCUUAGAUGUUCAAGAAAAAGGAUCUCCAGUAAAUGUUCAGCCUUCGGAACCAAGCCUGCUCCCUAGUGCCCCAUCCAAGCCUCUUGUCACUGACGUCACCAAGAACAGCGUCACUCUGACAUGGAACCCUAACCCACUAAUGAGGAGCAGCCAGGUUACCUCCUACAUCCUCGAGGCCUUCAGCCAAUCAGCAGGCAGCACCUGGCGGACCGUGGCAGAUAACGUGAAGGUGGAAAAACACACAGUGACUGGUCUAAACCCAAACACCAUCUACCUGUUCAUCAUCCGAGCAGUCAGUUCGUCUGGUCUCAGUGACCCCAGCCCUAUAUCAGAGCCGGUGCGCACUCAGGAUGUCAGCCCUACCCGGCAAGGCGUAGACCACCGACAAGUACAGCGGGAACUCGGAGAAGUGGUGGUUCAGCUCCAGAAGCCCAUAAUUCUCACCUCCUCCACCGUGCAGGUCACUUGGACGGUGGACCGUCAAGCUCAGUUCAUACAAGGUUACCGGGUCAUGUACCGCCCCAAAUCCAGCGUUUGGGUUGUCCAAGAUGUCAAGUCCCCGACCGAGCGUUCGGCGGUCCUGGUGGACCUGAAACGGGGGACGGAGUAUGAAAUAAAGAUACGGCCUUAUUUUGAUGAGUUUCAAGGAAUGGAUAGUGAUGUCCUGCUGGUUCGCACACCUGAAGAAGUUCCAAGUGCACCUCCUCAGUCUGUCGCUGUGGUGACUGUCGGUACCAGCAACAGCACCAACAUCAGCAUCACAUGGGAACCACCUCCUGUGGAGCAUCAGAAUGGGAUCAUCCAAGAUUACCGGAUCUGGAUAUUAGGAAAUGAAUCCCGGUACCACAUAAACAGGACAGUGGAUGGAACCAUGCACACUGCCGUCAUCCGAGGACUCGUCCCAGGAAUUCUGUACCGUGUUGAAGUGGCUGCAGCAACCAGUGCUGGUUUUGGGGUUAAAAGCCAGCCAAUCACUAUCCAGAUUAAACCAUCUUCGGAUCACGUGCCCAUAAACGGUGACAGCCUCACCCUAACAGAGCAGAUCACCGAUGUGGUGAAACAGCCAGCCUUCAUUGCGGGUAUUGGAGGAGCAUGCUGGGUAAUCUUGAUGUGCUUUAGUGUCUGGAUAUACUGCCGCCGGAAGAAGAGGAAGGAGCUUAGCCAUUACACAGCCUCCUUUGCUUACACCCCUGCAGUGUCCUUUCCCCACACCGAGGGCUCCAGUCACAUCACUGCCAGACCAGGCUUGUUGGCCACCAGUGCUUCUAAUUAUCCUUGGCUGGCAGAUUCGUGGCCUGCCACCAACCUUCUGAGAAACGGCAAGCCAAAGGAGGCAGCAGUCACCUGCUGCCCAGGAGCCCACAAUCCAUCAGAGAGAUACUACAAUGAUGCAGGGAUUUCCAAUUACAUUGCUCAGACUGAGAAAUUUGGCACAGGAGUCUCGGACGGACCCAUCUACAGCACUAUAGACCCAACCAGCGAUGACAUGAGGACAUUCAAUGGAGCUUUCUCACAGCAGACCACACCCUAUGCAACCACACCUGUUGUACCCUAUGGUGGGCAGACUCUGCAUUCACCUGAGUCGGAGGACAAUGCAUGGAAUGUCCAGGCUGGCACGUCCGGCAUACUGUAUGCUCAGCCCGAUCGCAGCAAGGUGGAAAUCGCUUCAAAAGGCAAUAAACAGAAGUCUGUGGGGAAACCAGUGAAAGCGCCAUCUCUGAAUUGGACAGAGAUUCUGCCUCCUCCACCUCCUGCCAACGAGCUGAACCAUUUCCAAGACGAAGACUCAGACGUGGAAAUGAAUUCGGAAACAGAAGAGUGGUGUCCUCCAUUGCCGGAGAGGACGUAUCUGAUGGAGAAUAUUCCAGAAGAUUGUCCUCUUCCCCCUCCCCGUGGUGAUGCCUCUUCUCCAGCUCAGUCCUAUGGCCAACAGUCCACGGCUACCCUCACCCCAUCGCCGCGAGAUGAGAUGUACGAUUCAGAGGAAAUUCCACGACUCCAGCAAUUUGAACUUCCACCCCAUCCCAGGAGAAUGCCAUCUGGAUCGGUACCAGUUCCAAGAGCCCCCAGCCCUCCCCUGACACAGUCCAAUCCCGCUCUUCAUAUAGGUGGAGAGACACCACGGCACGGCCACAGACGGAACCUCAGUCAAAAUCCAACUGUCAGUGCAGAGAAUAUGGACCUGCCCAGCACAGGAAAGCUGCUCUCAGGAGACAAUCUUGGCACUCCGCCUGGACAGAAAUCCAAAGCCAAGAAGAAGGUGAAAUCCGGCAACUAUCGAAGGGAGGCGAAGCAAGGAGAUCUCCCACCUCCGCCAGAGCCCCCUCCUGCUGAUGAAGAGUUGUUCUCCUCUCGCAUGGAGUGUUCAGCUACAUCGUUGGAGAGAGACACAAGCACUUCGUCCUCCAUGGAGAGAAGAGGAGUUCCAGGGCAGCAGCGAGGAGCUGCAACUCACCCGCUGCACCACAGAGAAGAUGAAGAGAUCAUUCCAUACUGUAAACCCAACUUCCUGUCCCGGAGUCAAAUGUCCAGCAACUGCUCCACUUCGGGAAGCAGCUCGUCCCGGGGGUCUGCGGGGUCCCGGGGUCACCCACAUGGAAGGAGCAAAACAGGAGAGCGGAAAGAGGAGAAAAGAUGAAGAGUGAGAACGGGACAAGUUCUUCUACCCCGGAUUUCCUACAAAGGACAGAGUUCUUCAAAAGACAGACACUUUAAAACUUUUCCAGUAUUUUCCACUCUGCUUAUUUAUGAAAAUUUUCUGGACUUUUUAUUUUUUAUGUUCCGUGUAAAUAAUGUUGCCCGUCUCUUUGAACGAGGCCUUUCUAGAGAUUGGGAAAGCUGGACUAUAUUUAUAAAGUUAAAAAAAAAAAUUGUACAUUCAUUUUUUUUCUUUUUUUUUUGCUGUUUUGAACGUGCCAAGUUUUCUAGCAAGUAUGACGUUUGCACUGUGGGUUGUACAGAACGAUGUGAAUAAGAAGAAAAAGAAAAAAAAAAAAAGCACAAGGCUUCGCUGCAUGCGGUCCCCUCAGACUGGGCGCUGGACAAAGCCAGCGAUUUAUGUAUGCGGAAUGCAAAAGAUGGGGACAUAAUGGCGGAGGCUGGAGGACUCGGUCCGGUACAGGUUCAUGUGCGCACAUAACUUUUCAGAUUUCUCCAGGACUGGAAAAGGAGUCUCAAUUCCUAAUACGUCACACAACAAGCUGGACAGCAGUACAUGGGAGGAGCCUGUUUUGGGGUGGGGGAGGGGCUAAGUAAGACCAUCAGUGCGACACCUCAGUCUUUCACAAGUGACAGCUGUUCAAGCAGCAUCAUGGGACUGCACUUGUGACAGACCCGAAACUAAUUUUGUAUGCUACAAAUAAAGAUUUUUGCUAAAACA